ACAACCACAACACCAGAACCAACAACCACAACACCAGAACCAACAACUACAACACCAGAACCAACAACAACAACCACAACACCAGAACCAACAACAACAACC